AUGGAGGCCGACUCCUCGCAGACCACAAAUCAGAUGCAAACGGAUUCAUUGUCUCCAUCUCCUAACACUGUGUCACCAGUGCCUUUAAGUAACCCCACAAGUGCCCCACGAUUUGGAACAGUGAUUCCUAAUCGCAUUUUUGUUGGAGGAAUUGAUUUUAAGACUAACGAGAAUGACCUAAGGAAGUUUUUUUCCCAGUAUGGCUGUGUUAAAGAAGUAAAAAUAGUAAAUGACCGGGCAGGAGUAUCAAAGGGGUAUGGUUUCAUCACAUUUGAAACUCAGGAAGAUGCACAAAAGAUCCUGCAAGAGGCUGAAAAGCUAAAUUAUAAAGAUAAGAAACUGAACAUCGGUCCAGCAAUAAGAAAACAACAAGUAGGGGUUCCUCGAUCUAGUAUCAUGCCAGCCGCUGGUACAAUGUACUUGACUACUUCCACUGGAUAUCCUUAUACAUACCACAACGGUGUGGCUUAUUUCCAUACUCCUGAAGUUACCUCUGUUCCACAGCCAUGGCCUUCACGUUCUAUUUCCAGUUCCCCUGUAAUGGUAGCCCAACCUGUAUAUCAACAGCCUGCAUAUCAUUAUCAGGCUCCAGCACAGUGUCUUCCAGGACAGUGGCAGUGGAGUAUUCCCCAGUCUCCUGCGUCUCCCACCUCAUUCUUUUAUCUGCACCCUUCUGAAAUUACUUACCAACCCCUGGAAAUUACACAGGAUGGUGGAUGUGUGCCUCCUCCUCUUUCCCUAAUAGAAGCUGCAGUUCCAGAGCCAUAUUCCGAUCACGGCGUUCAAGCGGCCUAUCACCAAGUUUAUGCUCAGAGUGCGAUUGCCAUGCCAGCCCCUGUGAUGCAACCUGAGUCUAUCAAAGAAGCCAGGAUACACUCUGUGAGAAGAAAUUUUUCUCAUUCUUCAUCUAUGAGUUUGAAGCCUCGAUAUGCGCGAAGUCCCCAUUUUCAUCCUAGAAAAGAUUAUAGAUCAGACGACACAAUGCUCGCUACUUCUUCUACAGACUCUGUUAAAUAG